CCUGUAGGGACUACACCGGGACAUCCCGGAAGCUGGGAAAAGGAGAGUACAGAAGACUGGGUGUCCAGAGAGGGAGAGGGGCGAGGUCGGAGCCGGAAGUGGCUGUGGCGAGACUGGGCAAUUUCACUUCAGUUUUACAGUCUUCAGAGUGAAGUUUGCUACUCGCACCCCUUUGCCCUCAGACCCUGUGAGUAAAAGGUGGAAAGGGGCAGGCAGCAAGGACUCUGUUGCUGCGGCCCCUUCCCGGAGCGUUAAUCAGACCACCGCCAAGAGCUCUAUUUGAGCAGCUGUGCCUGGAGCGCCCGGCGUCCCUCCCAGGAACUGUUGACAUUCAAGGACGUGUCUAUAGAGUUCUCUAUGGAUGAGUGGGCCUGCCUGGACCCUGCUCAGCAGACUUUGUAUUGGGAUGUCAUGUUGGAGAACUACAGACACCUGGUCUUCCUAGGUCUUACUCUCUCUAAGCCUGACUUUAUCACCUGUUUCGAGCAAAGCAAAGAACCCUGGAAGGUGAAGACACACCAGACUGUAGUCAAACCCCCAGCUAUAUCUAACCAUCCUGACCAAGAGCAUUUGCAAGAUUUUGACACAAAUAUUUUAUUCCCAGAGAUACUCCUGAGAAGAUAUCAAAGUUGUGCCCCUGACAAUUUAAACGUAAUAAAAGACUCAGCAAGUGUGUCUGAGUGUAAGCAGCAGAAAGUAUUGAACAGUGGACUUGACCAAUGUUUAACUGCUGCCCAUACCAAAAUCUUCCAGUGUAGUAAAUGUUUGAAAGUCUUCACAAAAUUGUCAAAUCUAAGUAGACAUAACAUGAUACAUACAAGAGGGAAAACAUUUCACUUUAUAAGGUAUGGGAAACCCUCCAACGCAUGCUCACAUGUUACUGAACCUAAGAUAAUUUAUACAGGAGAAAAACAAUACAAAUGUAACAAAGUCUUCAAAUCUGACUCAAGCCUGUCUACACGUAAGAGACAUCAUAUUGGAGAGAAACUCUACAAGUGUGAAAAUGAUGGCAAAUGUCUUAAUCUCAGAUCAAAAUAUUGUAACCAUGAGAGUACUGAUAGUGGAAGAAUGCCCUACAACUAUGAAGACUGUGACAAACAUAACAAACAGUACUCAAAACUUUCUGGACAUAAAAGAAUUCAUUGUGGAGAGAAACCCUACAAAUGUCAACAAUGUGGCAAAGCCUUUACUUUUAGGUCAUCCCUUACUACACAUGAAAGAAUUCAUUCUGGAGAGAAACUCUACAAAUGUCAACAGUGUGGCAAAGGGUUUAACCGGUACUCAUACCUUUCUGAACAUCAAAGAAUUCAUUCUGGAGAGAAACCCUACAAAUGUCAACAGUGUGGCAAAGCCUUUACUUUUAGGUCAUCCCUUACUGCACAUGAAAGAAUUCAUUCUGGAGAGAAACUCUACAAAUGUCAACAAUGUGGCAAAGGGUUUAACCGGUACUCAUACCUUUCUGAACAUCAAAGAAUUCAUUCUGGAGAGAAACCCUACAAAUGUCAACAAUGUAGCAAAGGCUUUACUUUUAGUUCAUCCCUUACUAAUCACCAAAGAAUUCAUUCUGGAGAGAAACCCUACACAUGUCAACAAUGUGGUAAAGCAUUUAAUAAUAAUUCAGACCUUACUAAACAUAAAAGAAUUCAUUCUGGAGAGAAACCCUACAAAUGUCAACAAUGUGGAAAAGCCUUUCACCAUUACUCAAGCCUUUCUGAACAUCAGAAAAAUCAUUCUGGAGAGAAACCCUAUAAAUGUCAACAAUGUGGCAAAGGGUUUAACCGCUACUCACGCCUUUCUGAGCAUCAAAGAAUUCAUUCUGGAGAGAAACCCCACAAAUGUCAACAAUGUGGCAAAGGGUUUAACCGCUACUCAUGCCUUUCUGAGCAUCAAAGAAUUCAUUCUGGAGAGAAACCCUACAAAUGUCAACAAUGUGGCAAAGCCUUUACGUUUAGUUCAUCCCUUACUAAUCAUGAAAGAAGUCACUCUGGAGAGAAACCCUACAAAUGUCAACAAUGUGACAAAGUGUUUAAUAAUAAUUCAAACCUUAUUAAACAUAAAAGAAUUCAUUCUGGAGAGAAACCCUACAAAUGUCAACAAUGUGGCAAAGCCUUUACUUUUAGGUCAUCCCUUACUGCACAUGAAAGAAUUCAUUCAGGAGAGAAACUCUACAAAUGUCAACAAUGUGGCAAAGGGUUUAACCGGUACUCAUACCUUUCUGAACAUCAAGGAAUUCAUUCUGGAGAGAAACCCUACAAAUGUCAACAAUGUGGCAAAGCCUUUACUUUUAGUUCAUCUCUUACUAAUCAUGAAAGAAGUCACUCUGGGGAGAAACCCUACAAAUGUCAACAAUGUGGCAAACUGUUUAAUAAUAUUUCAAACCUUACUAAACAUAAAAGAAUUCAUUCUGGAGAGAAACUCUACAAAUGUCAACAAUGUGGCAAAGGGUUUAACCGGUACUCAUACCUUUCUGAACAUCAAAGAAUUCAUUCUGGAGAGAAACCCUACAAAUGUCAAUAAUGUGGGAAAGUCUUUACUUUUAGUUCAUCCCUUACUAAUCAUCAAAGAAUUCAUUCUGGAAAGAAACCCUACAAAUGUUAAUAAUGUGGCAAAGCCUUUAAUCAGUAUAUGAAACUUUUUGUACAUAGAAGAAUUCAUUCUGAAAAGAAACCUUGUGAACAGUGUGGCAAACCCUUUAUUUCAUGUUCAAACCUCACUGUACAUAAAAUAAAUCAGGAGAGAAACCCUUGAAAUAUGAAGAAUGUUGUAGUACCUUUACCUGGUGUUGAUAACUUGCUAAGCAUAAAAUAAAUCACACUGGUGAGAAAUCCCACAACUGUGAACAGUCCAGCAAUUCCUGUAACUGGAACUCAAACUUUCCUAUACAUAACAAAAUUCAUAUUGUGGAGAAAUCUUACAGAUGUGAAUAAUGUGGAAAGGUUUGUACUGGUCUUCAGCAUUUAGUAAACAUCAGAUAAAUUAUCCCAGAGAAAUAAUGUAACAAUAUGAAGAUGUGGCAAAGACUAAUGCCAGUAGUCACAGUUUUCUGUACACAAUAGAAUUCUUGUUGAAGAGAAACAUUAGAAAGGUGAAGAACUUGACAAAUGUUUAACUUGUGCCCAAACCAUUGUAUAAAUGAAAAAUAUGUAACAGAGAAAUCCCUGAAAAAUGUGAAGAGAGUUUUGAAUCCUAUAUGCAGGAUUCAGUACAUUUCACGCAUUUCGGUACAUAGCAGAAUUCAUAGAGAAAUUGUAUAUAUGUGAAGAAUGUGACAAUGUCUUUAAAUAUUUCUCAUGCUUUUCUAAUAAUUCAGAUGAAAGAAAUACUCUACAAGUGUCAGUCAUGUCUCAGAGCCUUAAAGUUGUGUUUGUCCUGUUAGGUAGGGCUAAGAAGAGGCAGGGUCAGAUGAUAUCCAUCAUAAGAACAACAAAAUGAGCAGACGUGGCUUCCACGAAAUACAAGUUGGCAUUUCAAGAAGGCUUCUGAAAAGCAAACUGAUGUUUGCUCUACAAAAAUUAUUCUCAGAGGGCAAGAUGACACAAUGUGGAGAUACAGCCAAGGCCACAAAAAGGGAUGUUUGGAGCAAGGGUUCAAGUAAUAUGACUGUAAGCUCAAGUUAUCUAUUUUCAUUAACCCAGUGCAAUUUACACCAGUUCUAUCACACUAAACAAGUACAAUGAUAACUUCUGGAAAUUGCCUUACAGGGAUAGAAAAUGGAAAGACACUCCUUUCUGGAAGUUUUCCCCUUUUCCAGAAAAAAUCAUGAAUAUUUACUCCCACACCACUUAACAUAGAAUUGGAAAAUCUAUGCAAAGGGAAAGCACCUUACUAACCCCAGAGUCUUCUCACUUGAACGAUGUUCUAUGGAGUGUACUGUUCUCUAAUAAACUUGGAUCUUUUGUAUAUAUGUAUCUAAUUAUUGUGAUCAUUUGUUUUCCUGUCUUGAUACCAGUAAUCAUUCUUUGGCACCUGGAACAAAAAAACAGGGAACAUAUACCUGACACCUUUUCCCCAUAUGUGACAUUGCGGUGCCAAAAUCUGGGAGGAAAAUGCACAUCUUUGGCAAGAUAAGUUAAAAGAAUGAUAACCAUUGUUAAUUCACUCUGCCUGCUUAUAUUACUUAUUCCAUGUACAGGUCUCACACUGUCUUUGCUUUCCAGGUAAUGUAGCUCCUUAUGUACCCCUGCUUCAUCUCUUUUUUUCUUUGUCUCCCCAGUGCACUUCAUCUCCCAUUUAGGCCUGAUAUUCAAAUGCUUAAAAAGUUGCCUCAGGCUCCACAACCAGAAUGUUAAACCAGAUUCUUAAGGUCUUGAUAACCAGAGUGGGGAGGAAGAGUCAGUAAGAGAAAUCCAGGCCAGCAGCAGGCCCCAAGAGCAGAAGGAAGUUUUGAAAUGGUUGCCACCACUAGGGAAGAAGGUUGUCAGGGACAGAGUUUCUCUAUAGGCUCAGGCAAGAAGACCCCAGGCCUGAGCUCUUCCCUCACUAUGACUGUUGCUGGAGCAAGAAAGGGCUCAGGAAUGGGACUCUGCUGGUUCCAUGCCCUCACUGGUAGUGACAUAGAGAGAUUCACUUUUUGUGACAUUGCCCUCUCCUGGAGAUGGGGAUUCACUCUCUCCUUCCAGACAGUGGGAAAUCCCUGAAACAGCAUUCACCACCUGAAACUCUUUCAGUGUGAUGGACACGCUCCAGCUUCAGUACAAGUUCUACUUUCUGAUGCUGGGGUGUCUGAUUGUUGGGUAGCUGUCUGUCUCUGUCACAGUAAAUGACAUCAGAGCCAGUCCUCUGCUCUCCCACGAUAUUCAGGGCCCCUGUUUCCCUCUCCUAUAUCUGUCUUAAGAACAGAAGGUGAAAUAAAAUUCCCCUGGGUGCUCUAAAGUCCCUCUGCUCACUGGAUGAUGAUGUUUCUGUUUAUCCUUUUUAGUGCUUUCCAACUGCCCUACUCCAUUGUUUGGAUGAAGUCUUAACUUCAGCUUAGAGACCUAAAUUCUUUAAAUCUGCAGGGCUCCUUUUCCGGCCUUUAGAAAGAAAUGAGGUGGCUGGGGUAAAAUUUUCUUUCAAAAGAGAAAAAUUAAAGCAACAAGUAUGUAGAAGAGAGAUGUGAAGAAAAAAUGAAUAUGAAGAAAUCUGGCUGGUGAGGAACAUUAAGAGGAGAGAGAAGAAUUUUGUGUAGGACAAAACCUAAUAUAACAAUAUUUGUCGUAAAUUAAGUCAUGGUUUAAGAAGAAAAAUUUGGGACAAACAUAGGGCUUCAGUAUGUCAAAAGUAGUCCAUGUAAGGCAUAAUAUUUGCAAAGGUGAAUUUAUAAACAUUUUGCAUGUGAACAAGUUGGCCUGACUGAAAAGGAAAUCUCUAAUUAAAACAAUAAAGUCUUCUUUUUGUUAUAAGACUUUGUUUAAAGCCUCUUCAGAUUACUUGUGUAUUUCUUCAAUACAUGAAGUAUUCCACGUCAAUCUGCCACUAUAGAGUUGAAAAACAAACAAAACCCCUACCUCUGUAUUUUUCUUCUGCCUGCCUGAAGCUGCAUCUGCUUAGUUAUGGGUGUUGAGAUCAAGAUUAUUAAACUGUCAUCACUACUGAAGGUCAUCAGUUAUUCUCUUGACACUGAAGUAAAGAAAAAAAAGGAGCCAACUUUGUCUUUGGCCUCAGUUUGGUGCCUGUGCACAGUCGUUAGGGCACCCUCCACAUAUACAGAGGGUGGCAGGUUCCAACACAGCCCAGGGCAGCUACAACAAUGACAACUGCAACAAAAAAUAGACAUGUUGUGAUGGGAGCCUGUAAACCCAGCUAUUUGUGAAGCUGAGGCAACAGAAUUGCUUAAACCCAAGAGUUUGAGGUUGUCAUGAGUUGUGAUGCUACCUCACUGUACCAAAGGCAACAUAGUGACAUUCUAUCUGAAAACAAAUACAACAAAAAAACUGGCCACGUUUUCUCAGCUGCCUGACAUUUUUUCCUCCUUUGCAUCUUUAAUUCAAUUCUCACACCUGUUAGCUUUUUGUUGCUGAGAUAAGAUGACAGAACAUGUAUGCAUAACUCCUGCCACACUUAAUCAACCACAUACGUUUUUCUUUCACAAGUGGGGACUCUGGCCACACUGGACUAUUUCUGGUUAUAGGACAAACUGGGCACUCCAUGCCUUUCUUACUGUGCCAUUUCUGAGUUUUGACCUCACUCAAAGGAGCUGUUUACACUUGACUUUUCACCUGCUGCAUUCCUGGGGGAUCAUUCAUAUACCUAUGUCCUUGCUCUGCUGGCUUUAAGAAAGCUCCAGUUCCCU